AUGGACGCCCUACGCCACCUACAAUGCUUGGAGAAGGAUAGCACGCUCAGGCUGUACACCGUGUUCAUCUACCACUACAAGAAGUGGGCGGCGAAGAUGCUGAAGCAGAUACGUGACAAGCUACCCCAUGAGCAACGACUUAGGCACGUCGACGAGAUCGGCCACUACAUCCGCGACAACAAGAAAAAGGAUUGGUGCAACGAGAAAGUGGUCCGCCGACAGUACAUCUGGCUGCACGGACCUAGGGUCACCGAAACCCGGCUGCGCACCUACAUGAAGCAAAUGAGCCGUGAGUGUAACCUCAUAGUUGACCAGCCCGAGGAGGAGAACAAUGCCACACGAACCGGGCCUGUGAGGUCGACAACUGUGCACACGAUCCUCGGGCGCAUAAAGGCAUGCCAGAAGGCGGCGAGGGUGGAGGCGACGCUGUACCGAGAGAAGGAGCUGGGCAUCAUGAGGGAGAUCUCAGUGGUCAGAUCGGAGGUGCGGUUCAAUGUCCGCCCCAAGAACGAGAGGGACAUCAAUAGCGAACAGAGGGGCGUCAACCACCCUCGCGCCUCCCCCUCCCCCCCCCUCCACACCGUCGUCCACAGUGGAAGAAAACGGCAGCGGGCUCGGGUGGGGUUGGUGAGCUGUCGGAUCAUGAUGAGGGUGCUGCCGACAUGGGCAGCGGCGGUGUGGAACCCGUGGGCAACCACUCCGUCGCAGACGCUGUGGCGAUUCCUGCUCGUCAAGCUGCUCACGCUACUCUCCCACCACUCUCUCCUGCGCGGCGCCAGCAUCCGCGAGAUCACGCUCCCGGACGUCUUCUUGUACCUCCUGGCGAGCACCUCGGAGGUGAACCCGGAUAGCCAGCCGGUCGUCAUGGUGAUCGCCGCGCGUAACUCGAAGACUUCCAAGGAUGCCCGUCUUCAGCAGAGCUACGCGGCGCGACACCUGGAAGUGGAGCUGUGCGCCGUCGGCGAGACCGGCCUGUGGCUGCACUUCAUCCUCAACUAG